AUGCCUCGUUCUUAUUCUCGUUCACAAUCUCAUUCUCGUUCAAAUUCACCAAAUAUAUCAUCUUAUCGUCGUUCACGUUCACCAGCACGUAAUUCUAAUGAUCAAGAAGAUGAUGAAGGAAAUAAUUGUCGUAUACAUGUUGCUGAUUUAUCAUCAAAUUGUACCAAACGUCAAAUUGAAAAAGCAUUUGAAAAAUGGCCUAUAGUUGAAGUUUGGCAUGCACAAGCUUCAUGUUUUGCAUUUGUUGUUUUACGUAAUCAUGAAGAUGUUCAACAAGCUAUUAAUGGUUUAGAUGGACGAUUUAUUGGUGAUGCACGCGUUCGUGUCACUUUAGCUCGACCACGUAUUCGUGCAAGUGGCGGCGGUAGUGGUCGAAGAUAUUUUGAUCCGAAUAAGCGAUGUUAUCAAUGUGGUGGCCGAGGUCAUUUCAGUCGUGAUUGUGGUAGUGAACAACGAAACAAAAAAAGAUCUGGCAAUGGAUAUCGAUCUCGUUCACGUGAACGUCGACGUGAACGAUCCUAUUCUAAAUCUCGUUCUCGAUCACCUCGUCCACGUGUUAUUCGAGAAUAUCGUCGUUAUAGUCCUCGUCGAUCACCACCAUCUCGAUCAAAUUAUAAAUCACGUGAUAACGGUUCUGAUCAAAAUGAUGCUUAUCAAUCGAUUUUAGUUACUAAUUAA